AUAAAAUAAAAUAAAAUAAAAAAAAAGGGUUCAUCAUCAUCUUUUGUUCAUUCCUCUUCUUUCAUCAUGACCCAAAGCACCGUUUCUGCUGUCAACUCUGAGGAUAUUGCUUUUGCUCGUGCCCUUCACGGCGAGAAGAUCAAGUCUGGUCUUAUUGCUAACCUCAAGUCAAAGAACGCCGAUGUCCACAAUGUCGCCACUGAUACUUACCUCAAGAUGUGGAAGAAGUCUGAUGUCGAGACCAAGGAGGAUGAGAAGAAGAGAUUGGGCAACUAUACCCAGUUGGUAAACUCGUACUAUAACUUGGCUACCGACUUUUAUGAAUACGGUUGGGGAACUAGUUUCCAUUUCUGCCGUUAUUAUCCUGGAGAGGAGUUCUUCCGUGCCAUCGCCCGUCACGAGCACUUCUUGGCUGCCAAUAUUGGAAUUAAGAAGGGAAUGAAGGUUCUUGAUGUUGGUUGUGGUGUUGGUGGACCUGCCCGUGAGAUUGCUCACUUUACAGGUGCCAACAUUGUCGGCCUCAACAACAACGCUUAUCAGAUCGAGAGAGCCUUCCAUUAUGCUGCCAAGGAGGGUCUUGCUGAUCAGACCGACUUUGUCAAGGGUAACUUUAUGGAGAUACCUUUUGAGGAGAACUCUUAUGAUGCCGUUUAUGCCAUCGAAGCCACCUGUCACGCACCUACAUUUGAGGGUGUCUAUGGUGAGAUUUUCCGAGUAUUGAAGCCCGGAGGAUCCUUUGGUUGUUACGAGUGGUGUAUGUCUGACGAUUAUGAUGAGAACAAUGCCCAGCACCGUGAGAUUGCCCACGGAAUUGAGCGUGGUAACGGUAUUCCCAAGAUGCGCCCUAUUGGAGAGUGCCUCCAGGCUUUGAAGAACGUUGGAUUUGAGAUCGAGAUUCACCAGGAUCUUGCUGCCAUGGGAGACCCUAUCCACUGGUUCUACCCUCUCGAGGGUGAUCUUCGCAAGUGCCAGACCGUUCGUGAUGUCUUGACCACCUUGGCCAUGACCAAGGCCGGUCGCUUCACUACCACCAACAUGUGCCGUGUUUUGGAGGCCGUCGGUCUUGCCCCCAAGGGUACUGUCGAGACCCAGAGCUUCCUUGAGGUUGCUGCUGAUGCUCUUGUUGCCGGUGCCCAGAAGAACCUCUUUACUCCAAUGUUCUUCUUUGUUGCCAAGAAGCCCGCCACAGCUUAAAAAAAAACAAAUCAUAUAUGUAUAUAUUUAUAUGUAUGUAUAAUUUAUCUUAACAUUCACGCCAUCACCAACCGCCAUCACCAAUAACCCCCCCCCCCCACCAACUUUUGUUUGUUUUUUUUUCACAAAAUAAUAAUAAUAAUAAUAAUAAUAAGUAUAAUAGGCAUAACAUAAUCUAAAUAAUUUUUCUUUAAAAGAACUUCUUUUUGAGCUUACUUCCUGCCAUAUUUCCCAUACCCUUUUUCUUGAUAAUAGUUAUAAUAAUUGCUUAUCUUGGAUAUAUUUAUAUAUCAAUUUAACCUUCCUUUGGAUUUGCUUAACCUUAAUAUGAUUAUUUAUAUUAGCUUUCUGUAUUGUUAUUAUUAUUAUUAUUAGUAUUAUUUGAAUUUACUUGGUUUAUGCUAUCAUUAUUUAAUUAUAAAUACAACCAAAACAAAGCAAGAAAUAACAAAAGUAAAGAUAAAAAUAAAGGGAAGGAAAAGAUGUACAUAAAUGU